CCUCGUUUUGAAGUAACAUUCCAGCGACGAAAUUCAACCGGGAGAAGAGAUGUGUACAAACUGACGACAACUGGGAUUUACUGCGAUUUCCUCGGAAACCAGACAAGUUUUCAACAUGCAACUCAAGCAUAUGAAGAACCUGCUCCCACCACAGGAUGGUGCAGGGAAGGUGAUGUGCCUGGCAUGGUCCCCCAGCAAUGCCAAACUGGCCGUGUGCACCGUGGACAGGGUCGUGCUUCUGUACGAUGAGCAGGGAGAGAAGAGGGACAAGUUCUCCACCAAACCUGCAGACUCAAAGUUUGGCAAGAAAAGCUACAUGGUCAAGGCCAUGGCAUUUUCCCCUGACUCUGCCAAGAUCGCAGUGGGACAGACAGACAACAUCAUCUAUGUGUACAAGAUUGGAGAAGAAUGGGGAGAGAAGAAAGUCAUCUGCAACAAGUUUAUUCAAACAAGUGCUGUGACUUGCUUAAUCUGGCCUCCAGACCAAAACAUCAUCUUUGGCCUUGCUGAUGGAAAGGUAUUAAAGGAUCUGUUUUUAAAGUUCCUUACUAAAUUAUAUGAUAUGUGUAGUUGGAUAUGAAUGACAU